UCGUCCAGUACGCACGUGCCGUUGCAUUACUUUUAUUUGGGGGAUUGAUGUGCCCAGAUUCCUCAGGUAACUAUGUCUCAUUACUAUAUCUUUCAAAAUUAGAAGAUAUAGAAACCGCGAGGAACUAUAGUUGGGGGAGUGUUGUGCUGGCAUUUUUAUAUCGCGAAUUGUGCAAUGCCAGCACAAAAGGCAAAGCGGCAAUUGGUGGAGCGCUGCAAUUGCUACAGAUUUGGGCGUGGUCACGGAUUACGCCACUUUGUCCUGGACUUGGUGCCCAACGACUAUUUAUGGGCCAAGUGCAAAUGGACAAUAAUCGCUGGCUUCCAGCAGCACCAUAUGGUGCUACUUGGAAUUGUGCACUUUCACCACUACAGUUCGGGGAACUGUACGAGUAAUACGAGAAAUUUUGGAUGAGAUGCAGGCGGAUCAGGUAACUAAAUUUUAAUAUUAUUCGUAUAUUUAUACCGUUUCCU